ACUUUUUUUCAUCCUUCAACUAUCAAAUCUUACAUAAAGCGUUUUAAGAAAUGGGUUCAAAGGUUCUUCUCCUCCUCGGCCUCUCUUUGGCCGUGUUUCUCAUGAUUGCUUCCGAGGUUACAGCCAGGGAAUUGGCUGAGACUACUACUUCAUUUGAUCCGACGAAAGCUGAGAAGGCAAAUGGGGUUGCCGGAGAUGACAAGCACUACGGUGAUGGGUACGGCGGCUACGGGCACGGCGGUGGCGGCUACGGGCACGGCGGCGGCGGCUACGGGCACGGCGGCGGCGGCUACGGCCACGGUGGCGGCGGCUAUGGCCACGGCGGUGGCGGCUAUGGGCACGGCGGUGGUGGCGGGUAUGGUCACGGUGGUCACGGCGGUGGAGGGUGCAGAUACGGUUGCUGCGGCCACGGCUACUAUGGAGGGUGCCAAAGGUGCUGCUCAUACAAGGGGGAGAAGGUCGUGGAUGAAGCAAAGCCCUAAGCAUGCACAAAAGCUUGAAUUUCCAUUGUUUACGCUGGAUGUACUAUACUACUUGCAUGCAUAUGAAAAAGCUCUAGAAAUUUGGCAACUAAUUUAAUCUGUAAUAAUAUUGUAUUGAAGUAGCACUUCCAGUUACUUCUCUGCAACAUCUUUAUGAUAAAUAAAAGAAUUGGUUGUCAUACAA